AUGGGGAAACAAGGAUCACCGAGGAGUCCUCGACCCGAAUCGAAAGAUAAAGAAGAGAAAAUUGGGAGGAGGAGUUUGGAUUCUUUAUCUGGAAAUGAUGUAUUAUUCAUUGGUAGAAGAAUAAAUGGAAGUGAAGUUUCAAAGGCUCAAGGAUCUAAACAUGAUCAAAGCUGUGGAAGUAGUAACAAGUUUAGUUACUCCUUGAAGAAGCAACAUUCAUGGCUUCGUAGGAACUUCAAGUCGAUUGUUCUAAUGAUCUUGGUGACCGGUUUCAUUUGCUUUCUCGAUACAAUCAUGGUUUCGAUAUUUCAUUCAGAUAGUAGCGCCGUGGUGCAGGAUGUCUCAAGGCUGAGUAAUGUUACACUGCAUAAGAAUGAAACUCAAGAUGCUUCACCAGUGCAAAUGUAUAGCCGUCUUCUAAACUUAGCUUCAAUUUCUCUUGCAAAGAACCAGUUCAAGCCUGAUACACCGAAUUUCCGGGAGGAAAGAUCUUCAAAGCCAUCACAGUGGAAGCCUUGUGCAGAUAAUAACAAAGAAACCGUGACACUAGAGAAGUCUAAAGAAUUAAGCAAUGGUUACAUCAUGGUUAGUGCAAAUGGUGGCCUUAAUCAACAGCGCGUGGCGAUUUGUAACGCUGUUGCGGUUGCUGCUCUGCUUAAUGCGACUUUAGUUAUUCCUCGGUUUCUUUACAGCAAUGUAUGGAAAGAUCCUAGCCAAUUUGGUGAUAUAUACCAAGAAGAUCGUUUUAUCGAGUAUCUGAAAGAUGAGGUCCAUAUAGUAAAGGAUCUUCCUCAACAUCUAAAAUCUAUUGAUAACAAGAAUCUCAGCUUGGUUACUGAUGCAGAGAUUGUAAAAGAGGCAAAGCCAGGUGAUUACAUCGAACAUGUUCUUCCUUUGUUAAAGAAGUAUGGAAUGGUUCAUCUUUUUGGAUACGGGAAUCGCCUCGGUUUUGAUCCCUUGCCUUUUAAUGUUCAGAGAUUACGCUGCAAGUGCAACUUUCACGCGCUGAAAUUCGCGCCCAAGAUCCAAGAAGCAGGAUCUUUGUUAGUGAAACGGAUAAGAAGUUUUGAUACAUCGCAUAGCAGAUUGGAUGAAGCAUUGCUUGGUGAAUCCAUGAAAAAAUCUUCUGUUAAAGGCGAAGAAGAACCGUUGAAGUAUCUUGCUUUACAUUUGAGGUUUGAAGAGGACAUGGUUGCUUACUCUCUAUGUGAUUUUGGAGGAGGAGAAACCGAACGUAAAGAGCUUCAAGCGUACCGAGAAGAUCAUUUCCCUCUUCUCCUCGAACGUUUGAAGAAAUCAAAGUCUGUUUCUCCGGACGAGUUGAGAAAAACGGGUAAAUGUCCAUUAACACCAGAGGAAGCAACUCUGGUUCUUGCUGGUCUUGGAUUCAAAAGAGGAACAUAUAUAUACUUAGCUGGAUCUCAAAUUUAUGGAGGCUCUUCUCGUAUGCUUCCUUUAACAACUCUUUACCCUAAUCUCGUGACCAAAGAAACUCUCCUUACACCCCAAGAACUUGCACCAUUCAAGAACUUCUCUUCUCAGUUAGCUGCACUGGAUUUCAUAGCUUGUGCAGCUUCGGAUGUGUUUGCAAUGACUGAUUCUGGGAGUCAGUUAUCAUCCUUAGUGUCUGGAUUCAGAACAUACUACGGGAAUGGUCAUGCGCCAACAUUGAGACCUAACAAGAAGAGGCUUGCAGCGAUCUUAUCAGACAGUGAAACAAUAAAGUGGAAGAUUUUCAAAGAUCGAGUGAGAAAAAUGGUAGAGGAAGGUCAAAAGCUUCGUCUUAGACCAUAUGGACGUAGCAUUUAUAGACAACCGAAAUGUCCUGAAUGUAUGUGUAAAUUUUGA